AUGCCGAAGAAGCAAACACUCUACGAAGUUCUGGGGGUAAGCAAGGGAGCAACAGAUAGUGAAAUACGCUCAGCAUACAAGAAAUUAGCCAGAAAGUACCAUCCUGAUAUGCACACGGGGAAAUCCGAGGCUGAGAAGAAGCAGAUGCAGGACAAGUUCAAAGAGCUGAACAGUGCGUACGAAGUUCUCACGGAUAAGGACCAGAGAGCGUCCUACGACCUCACGGGAAUGACGCAGGAGGAAAUGGGGAACCAAAGGGCACGGUCCAGCCACGGAUAUGCUGGAUUUUCUGACUUCUUUUCAGGUUUUUCAUUUUCAGGUUCGAACGCCUACGACUCCGCGGAGUUUGGGGCGGGGCAUUCCUUCUUCAGUGAAAUGCACGGGUCAGACGGGAUCUUUGGGGGGUCGCGCGAGAAGUCUCCGGAAAAUGGGAUCUUCGAGUACAUGCUUGCAGUCUCUCUUGAGGAGAUUUGCACGGGCUCUAUCCGAAACCUGCGGAUAAAGAGAACUUCUAUCUCGAUGGCUCGGGAGACGGUAGAACUCAGCGUAAAUAUACAGCCAGGAUACAAAUACGGGACUAAAAUAACGUAUAAGAACGCCGGAGACUACGACAGGUUCGGGAGGGGCACUGACGUAGUUGUAAUUCUAACGGAGAAACCGCAUCCACUCUUCAAACGGGCAGAGAGUGACAUCGUGUAUGAGUUUGACCUUUCCAUCAAGCAGUACCUGCGGGGAUUCGCUCGGACUGUUCCUGGCCUCUGGGGAAAUCACAUAAAAAUAACGGAUUCCAUGAUAGGGAAUAACGGAGGAGAUAUCUUAGUAGAGGGAGAGGGGAUCCCAGAUAGAAGGAACGGAAUGAAAAGGGGAAAGCUUAUUAUUAGGCCGCGCAUUAUCAUGGACUUGACCCAGAAGGAGAGAGCGCGUAUGGCAGAGUCCAUAUCGUGA